UUUUCCUCGUUCAAGGACCAGGCCCCGGACUCAUCCCCGGCCUUGCGUUUCCAUACUGGGGCUUUUUGGGGGCUUGUUGGAAGUCAUGGGAGACACAAGUGAACGGAGCAAAGCUUCCUCUCUACCUCCCCGGUGUCCCUGCGGAUUUUGGGGGUCCAGUAAAACCAUGAACUUAUGCUCUAAAUGUUUUGCUGAUGUCCAGAAGAAGCAGCCAGAGGACGACCUCGCCUCCAAGCCCAUCCAAAGUCCCGGGAGUAGCCAAUCAUCCGUGUUCAGCAGCGACAGCAGCAGUAGCAGUAGCCAGUCCCUAUCGUUGUCGCUGCCGCCCGGCUCGGAGCCGCCAUCAGCCGCAGAGUCAGCGGCCAUGUUCUCCAGCCGGACAGAAGGCGUGACGUCCACAGAAACGGCCCAAGGCACACUCUGCACACCCACAAAACGCCCGCGCGAAUCAGCCUCCGGCCCAGAGAGCGAAGCCACGCCGGAGAAACGGCCGCGCACAGAAGAGAAGGAGGGGAACGGCGAGGAGAGCCGCGGGACGCCCAAACAGAAGAACCGCCGGCGCUGCUACCGCUGCCAAACCAAACUAGAGCUGGUGCAGCAGGAGCUGGGCUCAUGUCGCUGUGGCUACGUGUUCUGCAUGCUGCACCGUCUACCUGAGCAGCACGACUGCCUGUUCGACCAUCUGGGCCGCGGGCGCGAGGAGGCCGUGCUCAAGAUGGUGAAGCUGGACCGCAAGGUGGGCCGCUCAUGCCAACGCAUCGGGGAGGAGUGCUCCUGAUCGGCCGACCCGCUCCACAGACCAGGCACUUAAAGAGGAGGAAGAGGAGGAGGAAGACUUGGGGGAGGGGAGGGGAUGGUGGGCAGGGCGUCCUGCAUCUGACCCAAUAAAUAUGGAUCUAAGCUCGGUGCUGGAGCGUUUGCUCUGUUUCAGGCCCGCUCAGCAUGUUCACACACACACACACACACACAAACACCCCGACACACACACACAGCCUUAACCCCACCCUCCCCUCCUGGAGAGGACGGACCCGGUCAGACUCGUCGCCAUGGUUUCCUCCUCUUCUCUCCGUUUCUCUCUCCAUCACAGGAAGUCCGGUCGAACGGUUCCGCCGCUCGGCCCGCUUUCAUCUCUUCUUCCUGUCCUCCAUGACUCGGCCGCGGCGGGGGGUUAGGCUCCGCCCCGCGGCCUCUCCUCAGGUCGCCAUCAGGGGGUUGGAGUGUAAAACCUGUAACCCACCUUCCUCUUCCUCAUUUCUUCUUCUUCUGUUCCUUUCAUGACGUUUCGGUCCACGCGCAGCGUCACAGCGCCCCGCAUGGCGUUGGGUGCCAUGACGGUGAUACGUUCUGUUUUUCCCAGCCAGUCCCUGCCUCGGCUCACCUGGACUAAAUCAUAAAUCUUAAUCUUAAUGAGGAAAAAAACACUAAAGGACCGAGUCCAACAGAUCAACCCUGUAGCAGAUCCUCUUCUCCCGCUGAGUGGUACACAGACGGCGACGCGACUUCAUUUUGUUUUCACUGAAAGUGUUCGACACCAAAACGGCAUCUGAAGUUCAUUAGUGCUGAAGUGAACUGAAAUCAUUCUGCAGUUCAUUCGUUCUGUGUUUGGGACUGCAGGAAGCUGUUUGGAAUGUAAUAAUUAGCAUCUUAUUUCAUGUUUAUAUUAUUUUUUUUUUCAGCAUAAGUCACCUUUUCUGCUUCUGAGCUUUCUUUUCAUCAGAGAAAACCAGGAUUAAAAAAAAUCAGUUUAAACCUGGGACGUUUGCCUCAGCUUCUGGUGUUGUCAUAGCAACCAGCUGUGAUUGGCUGAGCUGUUUCAGAUUUAAACUGAUUCUGUGUUUUAAUGAUGCUUCAGGUGGUUUUGGCUGCAGAAACAAGGUGAAUUGUUGAGUUUGGUGGUUGGUUCUGACUGGGCCUCUGCAGCCUGCCUGUUCGGACUUUGUGCUGUGCAUAUUGUUCAGUUUUUUUCCAUCUGUUCUUCAGAGACUCGCUCUAACAUGUAUCCGUUUGUGGCAUUGCAGACGUUUUCUUCCUCCUCUUCGUUCUUAAUUUGGGCAUUCAGUGUUCGUGCAAAGGUUUGAAGUUGCAAUCUGUUAAAAACAGGCUCGGAAUAACCGCACGGUGCAGCGUUACCCACAAUGCAUCAUGGGUAAUGCUGGACUGUAUGUUUUGUUGUAGGAUUAACUGAGAAGCGCGAAGCAGAACUGGAGCUUCUGCAGCGUGGCGGGUUGAAAACCUGUCCAUCACCACUUUACUAUGCUAACCCUCGGCACAACCGGAUUAUUUCUUCCCUCCUUCGCCUCUAACGUCUCCCACGGCGACGCAGCAACGUGUGAGAGGGUUCUGGAGAAGUUCUGACUAGUUCUCAUUUCCAUGCGUUUCUUUUCCUUUGAGUGUUGAUGAGAAAUGGAAAAAAAAAAGAUUAUCUUUCUGUACCUUUUUAAAGAAGAAAAUUAUUUAACCUUAUAUCAGUUUGAGUUACUUACACCUUAGCAUAGAGUGGCAUAUUUAGUUAAAUGUAUAAAGCAAGAACAUAAUUCUGUCCUAUUUUGUUUCCCUCUUUAAUUUGAUCAUGUUCCACUUUUGUUUUUCUGCUGAGGAAAUUAAACUGGAUUAGAGGAUGUUG